AUGGCGUUAAACGGAUUAGAUAUAAAUACAUUAGAUGAUGUGGAAGCAGCUUGCUUAGUUUAUGAAUUGUAUAAAAGAAUGCAACAAUGUAAGGAGAGAAAAAAAAUAGUAACUAAUCGUCGAUGGUGGGUGCACCCACUAAACCUUAAAAGGCCUCAGGAAGGUCAAUUUAAAGUUACUUUUUCUGUAUUGAGGCAGUAUCCAGAAGAAUUCUUCAAAGAUUUUCGUAUGUCCGUUUCAUCAUUUGAUAACUUGUUAACUUUAAUCGGAGAACAUGUAAGAAAGCAAAAUACAGUGUUCCGCCUUACAAUUCCUCCAGAAGAAAGAUUAGCCGCUAAAUUAAGGUAA